AUGUCUUGGCUCUUGAAGUCUCUCCAGAUCACCGAUGAUUCAGAGCCGUCGUCGUCGUCUUCUUCUUCUUCCUCUGCCGCCGGCGGUGGAGUGAAGGAGGACUUGUCCGUACUCGGUCAGACCAUCGGCCGCCAGCUCCGCGGCGUCGCGGCUUUCCUCGCUCCGCCGCCUUGCUUCGGUGGAGGAUCGCGCGGGGGAGCGGCUCAGUCGGCAGACUACAACGUCGGAUUCGUCGGCGCAACGGGCGCUUCUGCUGAUCUCGAUGAAAGGGGAAGAGAGGAGACGGAAUUCGAAUCUGAGGAUGACGAAUUCAAUGAAGUACCUGGGAUUUCUGAGGAAGUAAUCGUUUUCGCGAAGGAGAUUUCAACGAGGCCUGGUUGCUGGACAGAUUUCCCUUUGUCACUAGACAAUGAUUUUAAAUUGUCUGACGCUCAAAGGGCACACACAUCGGCUAUCGAGCAACUGGUUCCCGGCCUCACAGAUGUGAAGAACGAAGUCAGUAGAUGCAUGAAUGACGAGCAGUUCUGGCUGAUUUAUUUCAUAUUACUGAUGCCGAGAGUGAAUGGGCAUGAUCUUGAGCUUCUAGCAACCUCUAAGGUUGUUGAGACGAGAGAUCUGCUUUUACAAAAGCUGCAGGAAAAGAGGGAGGCGAGAUCAUGCAAUAGUUCCGAAGAUGAUGACACUUCCGAAGAAAAUGAGAGCCGGGAAACAGAAAAUGUCGAUGAAAUCGUAGAAAAAGCAGAGACCCUGAACAUCGGGCAUGAAGAGAAGAGCGAGGAAUCGUCCGGAGAAACGGAAAGGAGUUCCAGAGAAGACGAGGAGGAUAUAUCCUUCAGCGAUCUAGAAGCUGACGAUGAUACCGAUUUCUCGGGUAAGCCACCGUCCAAUACAAACGUACACAACAGGAGAGUGUCGAAUGCUAGCGGUUCCAGCGAUUGGAUUCAGUUGAACAGAAGUCCCCGAGGCGGCGCAGAGCGACGGAAAGAUUCGGAAGGCGAGUCCAGUGACUGGUUCGCCGUCGGGGAUUCCGACUGAUGAUGAUGAACGAACUCCAGGUACAAACCUUGAUACUUUCUUUUUACUGUAAAGUUAAAAUGUAGCCUUCUCGUUAAGUUCUCUAUUUUCAAAAUUAAUCUUUUUUUUUUUUAUCAAAUACAUAUAUUUUCAAUAACGUACAUGUAUAUACUUUCUGGUGAGUAAUCAUCUCACUUAAGUUUCUUCACAUUUCAUAUAUGUGUGUAUCUAUUCGGAUUGGCAGAGUUUAGAGUUGUAAAUAGACUAUGAUAUACAUAUAUGCAUCAUGUGUGUAUCUG